UAUUGUUGGCUAUUAUAAUGUUAACGCAUUAUAUACUAUUGAUAGUAAUGAGCAAACAAACAAUGAAACCGAAAAGUCUAUCUAUAUAUGCGGCGGUGGGAGUGAUAAGGCAUCGACACUGUCGACAUGUUUUCAAUAUAAUACCAGUGCCCGGGUUUGGCAACCAAUAGCCGAAAUGUCUACCAAACGUAUUGCGUUUGCAUUAGUUUCAAACAGGGAUUCAAAAUUGUAUGCAAUGGGCGGCUAUAAUCCAUUGUCCCGGGAGUUAUAUACCACUGAAACAUAUGAUAUCGAAACAAAUACGUGGACAACAUUUGCACCAAUGAAACUAAAAAUCAAACAAUUAGAUGCAGCAGUUAUUAGACAUACAAUGUUUGUUUGCGGCGGUUUUUAUGACGGUGACACCUAUAAACAGUGUCAAUAUUAUUUAGCCGGUAAGGAUGAAUGGCAGCUGAUUAAGGACAGUAUGAUAACGGAAAGGCGUGAACUGGCACUGGUUGCCAACGAUGACUAUUUGUAUGCUAUCGGCGGCAAUAGUCAAGUAGUGGCCAAUGAAACAACAAUGGAAAGAUGGGACCUGUUAAACAAUGGUUGGACCCAGGUAGAAAAGUUGACAUCACCAAGGUCAGCAUUUGGUGCCAGCUCAUUGUUGGGCAAAAUCUAUGUGUGCGGCGGUUGGGGACUACAGGGGGACAGUAGUGACGGAAAGUCAUGCGAUAGAUAUGAUCCGGAAACAGAUGAAUGGCAACCAAUUGCACCAAUGUUAUCCAAAAGGCGUGCAUUUAAAUUGGUUACAUUGGAUGAUAAGCUAUAUGCUCUGGGUGGUUUUAUGGAUCAUGAAUUAACAAAUACGGUUGAAGUAUACGAUUAUGAACUAAAUCAAUGGCAAUACACCAAACCAUUACCCGAAAAACUUGCGGACUUUGCGGCCACUGUGGCAUAAACAAGUUGAAUGGAUAGUGGAAA